AUGUUCUCCACAAGUGUAAACUUAGGCGGGCUAGUUAGGAAAAUUCCAUGGAGGUUGUCAUCCACUAGGAAAUUUAGAGUCAGGGAGAGACUGAGGGAUGUCGAUGAAAACAUUCAAGCUAUUAAAGACUCUGGCGUGCAGUUCAGGCAGCUCGACGUAGCUAGUGGUCUUCCCUCUGAGUCUAGCAUGCCUCCUCGUGACAAGUACUUUACAUUCAACAAGAACUCCCCCACUUAUCGUAAAGGUGUUCAUAAGGUGCCCAAGUGGACUAGACUCACUCAGCGCACUAAUCCAACUGCACGUAUGUGA